UUAACUGCGGUGGGCGGUAUCUUGACGUCCGCAAUCCAGCAGAACUCCGAAGUCUCGGAAUUGGAGUAGGUGCGGUUGUGGAUGUACUUGCUGUUCCGGGCUGAGUCUGCGAGCCGUAUCGGACCGAACCGGACCGGACGAAGACGAGCGCGAUUAAAAGAGCUGAAGAAGAAGAAGAAGAGAAGAAGAAGAAGGGGGUCCGGGUGGCAAUGGGUCACCGCGGCCGGUGAUGACGCUGUGAUGGCAUCAGGAAACGGCGCUGGUGAGGGUCGUUAUGGCGACGCUGGACGCUAACACGGCAGUGGAAAGGCUCCUGGCCGCCGUCCAUCUGGAGAGGUACCAGGCCUCCUUCCAGACAGCGGGCCUCCUAUUGGCCGCCGACGUGGUCCACUUGGAUCACGACGCUCUGGUCAGCCUCGGAAUCACAGCCACCGGGCAUCGCAAACGGAUCCUGAGACUCCUGUCGUACGUCCGGAGGCGGGUAACUCAAGCGUCCGAUCAGAGAGCGCCCGGCGAAGGACGCCAUUCCGCGACGGACCUGCCGUCGCCGACGUCGUCUCGGUCGCAAGCCCCCUGCGGCUCGGAAGCACCGAGGAACAGUUCGGCUCCCCGCCCGGCUGCCGCGCUGAAGCCGGUGCCUAAACCCAGAACCGUGUUUAACCGGCGGCGUACCGCGCCGGUCCACUUCCGUCUCCCUGCGCCGGACACGGUCCCGUCCCCGCACAGGAGGCUCUCCCAGGAGUCCGUCUGUUUUCCGUUCUUAGAAAGCGUCAACUCGCCUCCGGCCACGGCAAAGCGGACGCUCGACCGACAGGACGAGGUGACGCCCGUCGGCGAGUCAGGCGCGACUCUGCCGCCCGUUCCCCCGAGGGUCACCCGUACAGUCGCGCCUGCGGCGUGCCCGUGGCGUUCUUCCCCCGCACGAGCGUACUUCGACCGACCGCUUCCGGCUUCCCGUUCGCCCUCUUCUCCCGGUCACCGUGACGACAGCGGGAUGUCCGGAUCGGGCCUGGGCGACGGCGGCAGGAUGGAGAUGAUCUCCAAUGACAUCUACUGGGGCACCGGGGCGUCCGCCCCUCCGCCGCCGCCGCGACAAACAGCUGACGGGAAAGAGAGGAAUCAGAGAAAUAGCGGCGGCACGUCAGGCAACAACUGGUCGGGAUCGGCCGGAGAUGACCCCGCUGACCUCGACGACGUCAUCAGUCCCUACUCCGAAAGCCUUUUCCAAAGAGGAGGAGUCGUCCCCCUCGCCGCCGAGAAUGACGCCAGACGAGAAGGCGAAAGCAGGUGGCGGGAGUGGCAGCGCGCUGAGGAUCGCGGGCCGGCGCUGUCCCCGGACGGCGACGAGGACCAGACCAUCUCGCCGUACGCCAGCUACGCUUCCCCCAGCGAUAGGGCCACGCCCAUUAUCAGCGGUUGGCUGGACAAACUUUCACCGCAGGGGAACUAUGUCUUCCAGAAGCGCUUUGUCAAAUUUGACGGAAAAAAUCUCAUGUACUUUGGAAAUGAAAAGGAUGUCUACCCUAAAGGAGUCAUCCCAUUGGCCGCCAUCCAGAGGGCCCGCCCAUCCAAAGACAACAAAUUUGAAGUAGUGACGAGUCAGCGGAUCUUUGUUUUUAAGGCUGAUAAUGAAGUGCUGAGGCGCAGUUGGGUUUCUACACUGCAGGACCACGUCCGAGACCAACUGGUGUUGGGGCGUCGCUGGUUGGGUCCCGGUCCUCACUGUCAGAAACAUGGCUCCCUGGAGCUGAAAGGAACCAAGUCCAAAGUUUACCUGGCCAUAAACACAGAGCAGAUUUGGCUCCACAAAAGCCAACAGUGCUUUCGUACCGGGAUCGGCAUCACGGUGAUUGAGGCCCGGGGCGCCACCAUCCGAGACGGGAAACACAAAAAUUUUGACCUCAUCACACCCUACAGAACCUUCAGCUUCACGGCGGACUCGGACCGGGAGAAACGGGACUGGACGGAGGCGCUGCAAGAGGCCAUCACCGAGACCCUGUCGGACUACGAGGUGGCUGAGAAGAUCUGGUCCAACCGCUCCAACCGGACGUGUGCCGACUGCCGGGCCGUCAACCCCGACUGGGCCUCCAUCAACUUGUGCGUGGUCAUCUGCAAGAACUGUGCCGGUCAACACAGAGGUCUGGGCACUAUGGUUUCCAAAGUCCAGAGUCUGAAACUGGACACCAGCGUGUGGAGCAACCAGAUUGUGCAGCUCUUCAUCAUGCUGGGUAACGACCGCGCUAACGAGUUCUGGGCCGCCCACUUGUCCCGAGCAGACGAGCUGGACUGUGACGCAUCGCCAAGUCAGAGACGAGAGUUCAUCGGUCAGAAGUACCGAGAAGGACGCUUCCGACUGGACCAUCCCGCUUUCAGCAGCCAGGAGCAGCUACUCAAGGUCUUAUGCUGUGCGGUCAGCGAACACACGCUCCUCAAAACUGUCACUCACAUCUUCUCCGAAGCCAGAUCCAAUCACCUCACCACGACCGCUCACGGACAGCAGCCGACCAGAGACCUGCUAGAUCCCUACCUGGCCUCGGAUCCUGGCGUCUACGAUGAGAUCAUGAAGACAGUUCUUCAUUCGGGCUUCCUCUUCAGGUCCAAUUGCGCUAGUAGAGGAACGAUGUCCCGGCGAUCUCGAGAAGACUUCCAGAAGUUCUGGUGCUCCAUGGAUCAAUCGCUGCUCUUCUACCAGUCGGAGGGAUCGACAGGAGCGUGCAUGGAGAUCAGCCUGAAAGACGUCGUGUGUUUGGGAGUUAACCGCCCUGACUCGUCCAGCAGUAACGGCUUCGUGGACAGGUUCCAGUACACCUUUGAGUUGUAUCUGACCUCAGACAAAGUCUAUCAGUUUGGUGUGGAGACGGCUGACCAACUCCACGCCUGGACCAGUGCCGUCGGGAAGGCCGCAACGCCGAUAAGCUGUCACUGCCUGCUGACUCGGGAGUUCGAACGCAUUGGACGACUGCGCUACCGAGCAAUGCUGGACCCUCAGCAGUGGAAGGAGGCGCACUUUGUCCUGCAGAAGUCCAACCUCUUCAUAUGUCCCCAGAAUGACGGCGCCGCAGAAGACAUCAUCAACCUGAAACGUCUUCAGGAGCUGAGUGUCACUUCGGAGGGCCAGAACCAAGAGAAGAAAGACAUCCUCGUUUUGGUGGAGAAGGGGAGGACGUUCCACCUGCAAGGUGUCGGCCGCACCGACUUCAGCCUUUGGUGCUUGGACAUCCAGCGGGCCAGCGGGGGCAAGGGGAACGCCCUGCGAGAGCAGCAGCUGAGCAGGAACGACAUCCCCAUAAUCGUGGACAGCUGCAUUGCCUUCGUCACGCAGUAUGGUCUGGGCCACGAGGGAAUCUAUCGCAAGAACGGAGCCAAGUCCAGAAUCAAACUUCUCAUGGAAGACUUCCGAAAGGACGCUCGCAACGUCAAACUACGCAUCGGAGACCAUUUCAUCGAGGAUGUAACGGACGUCCUCAAGCGUUUCUUCAGGGAGAUCGAUGACCCUGUCUUCAUGGCCGACCUCCACCCCCUGUGGGAGGAGGCCGCGACAAUCCAGCUGAAGGGUUCCAGGCUAGACCACUACAAGGAGAUCAUCCGGACUCUUCCACGGGUGAACAGGAUGACUCUGGCCGCACUAAUCAGUCACCUCUACAGGGUCCAGAAAUGCGCCGACCUGAACCAGAUGUGCACCAAGAACCUGUCGCUGCUCUUCGCUCCCAGCCUCUUCCAGACGGACGGUAAAGGAGAACACGAAGUGAAGAUCGUCGAAGAUCUCAUUGACAACUAUUUGUACGUCUUCGACAUCGACGAGGAGCACCAGAAUCAGAUGGAUUUGGAGAUCAGCCUCAUCACCUCGUGGAAAGACACUCAAUUGUCCCAGGCGGGUGAUCUGAUCAUUGAAGUCUACCUGGAGAUGAAGAUGCCGGACAGCUGCAUCACCCUGAAAGUGUCGCCCAGCAUGUGUGCCGAGGAGCUGACCAAUCAGGUCCUAUACAUGAGGAACAUCCCCGCCGGAGACAAAGACGUCUGGAUGACGUUUGAGGUUAUCGAGGACGGACAGCUCGAGCGUCCCUUGCUUCCCAAAGAGAAAGUUCUGGAACAGGCUCUGCAGUGGUGCAAGAUGGCCGACCCGAGCUCCGCCUACCUGGUGGUGAAGAGGGUCCCGAAAGGCGACGGCAUCAACAUUCUCACUUCCUACAAGAGUGACCUGAUGAAGGUCGGUCUGCUGAGGUGUCGCGAGGAGCCGCCCAAACUGCUUCAAGGGAACAAAUUCCAGGAGAGAAGCUUCCAGAUAAAGAAGAACAAACUGCUGCUGCUCAAAGACAAGAAGAGCUUGAAAGCGGAGAAGGAGUGGUCUCUGAAGACCAUGAAGGUCUACAUAGGCGUCCGCAGGAAACUCAAAGCGCCGACCAGGUGGGGCUUCACUGUGAUGUCCCCCAAGCAUCAGCUGUUCCUCUGUUGCGCGAACGAGGCCGACUUGUGGGACUGGGUCAGCAGCUUCCUCAGAGUUCAGAACAACGAGCCGGGCCCCCCCGUCCUCAGACGCCACUCGUCGUCCGACAUCGCCCGGCAGAAGUUCGGCACCAUGCCCCUGGUGCCCAUCCGGGGAGACGAGAGCAACCACGGCAUGCUGUCGGCCAAUCAGACGCUGAGGAAGCUUCACGACCGCAGGACGCUCUCCAUGUUCUUUCCGAUGAAGGUCCAUCGGGACAGCGCGGAAGAACGUUCCGAGUCUCCGGAGCCGGUCUAUGAGGAGGUGGGCGACUUCGGCCUGCAGGUGCUCAAGUCCCUGGAGACCAGCUUCCUAUCCGGGGGCGGCGGCGCGGAGGGGCCGCGAGGCCCGCCUGCGGCGAGACCGCUCCCUGGCCGGCGCGGGAGCGCCGACUCGGACCCGGCGUCGCGUCCUCAGGUCGCGUGCACGCCGUCUCAGGAGCUCCUCCUACAGGAGCUGUCCUCGGUUUUCGGCGGGAAGGCGGAGCCAGACGGAGACGAGCAAGAGGAGGAGAGCAGAGUCCGUUCCCUCGACAGGAUAGAAAUAUAAUAUGCAUGGAAUGACCUGCGGGUGGCACUGCUGUGCCAUCAUUGUACACCCUUACCCUGUGGAAUCUCACACACAGACUUCAUCUGGACUUCCUGUCGACUUUUGGGAUGAAAGCGGCGUUGUCAAAAGUUGCAACCGUCUUUUAUUUCAUUAAAGUUGUCCUGGUUGAACGGACCCAAAAGUUCUCCUUUGAUGGCUCUCAGUGGUUUGGAUGGUU